AAUUUAUAUUUUUAACAAUUGGUACAAAAUUUCAAGUAAGCAUUUUGUAAAUUCCAAGUUAAGCCAUGAGCACCAAUAUAGUGCACAACACACACGAUGGUGGUGUUGAUUAUGUGGCUUCUACGGAGGAAAAAAAGAAACCGAUGCCCAAAUGGUACGCCUGGUGUGAGCGCAACUCCAAGCCCAUCAAACGCGUUAGGCCCAAGGUAGUGAAGGAGCCAACGCCAUGGCAAAAACCCGGUCCCAUGAAGAAGAAAGAUUGGAAACGAUUUUGUGCCUGGGCCGAUACAAAAGCGAGGCCGAAAGAAAAAGAAUAUCCCCCAUUGCCGGUACCGUGUGAAGCUGAUUAUCUGCCAUGUGGCCGUACGCCCCCUAAAAAGGAACUCGCCGAUCUCCUUGACAAAAUGGAGGAGCUGUCGAAACCGCUCGAGCGCAAGAAGAAUCAAAAGCAUGAAUAUAUUUAUGACAAGCCCACCUAUUCCCCCGUAAUAGUCUGGGGAAGGCCGCCUCUUCAUGACAAGGGGCGUCCGUUUGAGUUGGUCAAGAAGCCAAAAUGUUUUGUCAAUCCAGAUGUGGAGAAUGAAUUUUGGUCCAAUUUGCGUUUUCCCAUACGGCCAGGAGCUCUAAAAUUUCGGCCCUCUCCACGCAUCCUAACUUUGGCCAAUCCGCGCGUAACGCCGCCCUUCCCACCACACUGUGAGAUACCACCAAAGACCCUAUUGCCGCUGGAGGUGCCGCCACCACCGCGAAAAAAGUUUACACCACGCGGCUGGCGCCUACACCAGAUACGUCUUAUUUAUCUGGCGAAGCCCGUCUCGAGACCGGACUACGAAUAUUUCUAUUUAUAAUUGGGGCCCCAAAGCAUGUUGCAGAAGCCUAUUAUUUAUUGGUAAACCCGUUUGUAAGCAUGGCUUUAGUUUAAGAUUUGGGUUGCUAUCUUCGGCUUUCUCAUAUUGCGUAUUAAUUAAUGACAAAACAAAUACAAACAACUUAACUGCA